CUAGCAAUAUUUACUACUGCGAUUAGUGCUGAUAUUAACACAGGAUUACUAUUAGCCCUACAAUACUAAACAAUUAUUCAAUAGUACUAUUUCGAUUGACCAGUACUAUUCUUCACUCAACACAAGCUAAAAACUACUCAUCAUUAUGUACGGAAGAGGUUACGGUGGUUACGGAAGAGGAUUUGGUGGUGGAUAUGGUGGCUACGGUGGUGGUUACGGAGGUGGCUAUUCAAGAUCAGCCUAUACGUCUAGAGCUACCAAUAGUGCAUAUCUGAAUGGUACCAGAUCCAGAAAUUAUAAUUCAAAUUCAAGCACCACAAACAAUAGAAGUUCGAACACAAACUCAAACUAUAACAGAAGUUCGAACACCAAUUCCAAUUACAACAGAAGUUCCAAUUCGAACUCCAACUCGAAUGGUUAUGGAAACCGUAAUUAUAGUAGUGGAAACUCUAACUACAACAACUCCAACUCCAACUCCAACUCCAACUACAACAACAGAAAUUACGAAAGGCAAAGACAAGAACAACGAGACAGAAACAGAUCCCGUCGUAUGGCCCAUGGUUUCAUGAUGCAAAGAAUGUUCAGAAGAGCCAUGUUCACAUCGAUGAUGAUGGGUACUGUGGGCGUUUUCAUGGGUAGCAGCUGGAGAAGAAAGAGAAGAGAAAAGGAACAGAUGGCUCAACAGCAAGAACAAAUGAACCAGCAACAACAGAUGAUGAACCAGCAACAGCAGAUGAUGGCUCAACAGCAAAUGCAAAUGAGCCAACAGAAUGGAAAUGUUCCACCUCCAGUUCCACAAGUUGUUUCUGACGAGAAGUACGAACGUCCUCCCCCUGCUUAUUCUAGCACUUUGAACUCUCCUGCCAUGGCUUGAAAACUAUGAACGAAUAACACUUCAUCACUUUCACUUCUUAUAACUGCAUUUCCAGAGGGAACUACCUAACUAUUCAUUUCUUUAUCGCUUCGUUUCUAUAACUUCAACAACAUUUACCUACACUUAAAUAGAUGAAUUCACGAUUAACAUUUC